CACACUAGCGCCACGCCAAGUGCACUAACAACACAAACCGCAACCAACUUCAACAAUUGCAAUAAUUUGAGAGAAGUGUAAAAGGACGCAGCUCAACUUUCAACUUUGCCUAGAAAUAUAAUAAAUAAAAUAGUUAAUUCGUACAAGCAAUAUAUUUACAAAAUCAAAACCUCACCUACUGGAAAAGUAAAAUUCUUCCAGUAAAAUUUAUAACUCCAUCCGAAGUCUCAAUUAGAAUUAUUUACGCUUGCAAAUUAAUUUGCAAGUAGCCCCAAAACUAUACACAAAAUUGCAAAAAUUCAGACACAAACAGAAAUCAUGGGCGGCGAUCAACCGGUCGAAGCUGAGCCCGUCGAGUUCUCUGUGGAGCGCAUAGAAGACAAACGUAUUAACAAGGGCAAGGUUGAAUAUUAUCUUAAAUGGAAGGGAUACCCUCGCAGUGAAAACACCUGGGAACCGGUUGAGAAUCUCGACUGCCCUGAUCUGAUCCAGGCCUUUGAGGACUCCUUGAAAAAGGGUGGCGCCGCCAAAAAGCGCCAAUCUACCACACCAGUCACUGAAAUGAAGGCCAAACGAAAAAACACUAAUGACUCAGACAAAGAGGCACGAAAAUCGCUGGGCUUCGAUCGGGGUCUCGAACCUGCUAGAAUUCUAGGCGCCACAGACUCUUCCGGUGAGCUGAUGUUCCUCAUGAAGUGGCUCGAUAGUGACGAGGCGGAUCUUGUGCCUGCCAAACAAGCGAACGUGCGAUGUCCGCAGAUCGUUAUUCAGUUCUACGAGGAACGACUUACCUGGCAUACAGCUUCCAACACGGAGGAGGAAAAUAAACCCGAUAACAACAAGGAAAAAGCGCAAUAGAUUUUAUUCUACUCAGUUGUUUUUUCUUUCUAUUAUUUUUUUUUGUAUUUAGUAUAUUUUUUCUCUUGGAAAACAGACCGAAUUCUUCAAUAUCAAACAUUGAGUUUUAUAACAAACAUAAAAACAUAAACGAAAAUUUACAUCUUCAAGUAAAUGCAAUGCUGUUGCUGGGGGAAACAAACAAACAAACGACACGAAGAUAAUAUUCUCUAUGUAGACGCGCAACAUAUUAAAUAAUACAUAUUAAUCUUUAUUUUUAAGAAAAAGACUAGGUCCGAUAUUUUAAUAAUGAAUUCUCCUUGCAAUAGUGUGUCGAUAAAAUAAAACAACAAGUGUAAGAUCUGA